AUGCAGGCAUCUUCUCCCUUGGCUGCUAUGCACCAACCAGCAGCCCCUUCCUUUGGUCACCCAGAUAUGUUCCGCCCAGUUGCCCAUGCUGGCUUUCGUGGCGAGCCUAAGGGGUCUGGAGCCCUGUUCAGGGAACGCCUCAUGCCCGGUGGCAAGGACUACUUCAACGUUAAGGGUGUCAGUGGGUCUUCUCCCACGGCAAGUCUAGCGGCAGACCUGUCUGCAAACUUCCGGAUUGACAAUGAAUCAAGCCCUCAGUUCCCAACGCCUCGUCGGGCUCUUUUCACAACGAACGCUAUAAUGGGUGCUCUGGAGGGGAAACGAUACCAGACGACGCCGCCUCUGCCAGCAUCCUCACCUGCGUACACGGACAUGGACAUGGACAUGGACAUGUCUCCGGUACCAAUGGGCAAGGGUGUAUAUGUGGCACAGGUCGAGGUACACUCGCCUAGCCCUACACCCAGCCCUGAGGAUGACGAGGAAAUGACUCUGGACUCACCUGCGCCCAUUUCACGGCAUUCUUCUGUCGAUGGGACGAAGCCAUUGGCUGAGAACCGCCGCAUGUUGAAUCUCCGCCGACCGUCACUCUCCAGAGCUAAGGGCUAUUCCACAGGGAACGUGCCAUGUCGAUUACAUCCCGAGGGCCAGCUCUCUUCGUUCAAAUUUGGCAAUGAUGGCCGUCCAGGGUCGUCUUCUUCUCAGAUGUCCCUAAGCGAAUGCUUUGAAGACUCACCACCACAAGAGCGAAGGCCACAGUCUGCUAACAGCCCCUGUGCAAACGUCGCUGGUACGCGGUCGAAAGCUCACUUUUCUAGCCUCAAUGGCGCGUCCACUCGCAACGGCUCUCCCAUCACAGGCCAUUCUCGGCGCGGUUCGAACCCACACCUUAGACCAAGGAAGCAGUACCGACGGUCUCUGAGUAUGUUUGAGAGCGCUGGAGAUGUGAUUAAGCCGAAGGAGGACCUCGGUGUACCGUCAGGGCUGCAAUCCGUUCUCGACGUCGAGGAGGCCGCUGAGCCUGUGCUCCCGCAUUUCUUUCCCGACGAUCAGAAUGAUAGUAUACCCCGACUUUCCAGGGCCACCUUCCUUGACAUCCUGGAUGGCAAGUACAACGAGCACUACGACAACAAGCUUAUCAUUGACUGUCGGUUCGAGUAUGAAUACGACGGAGGUCAUGUUGAUGGUGCCAUCAACUACAAUGACAAAGAGCUGCUUGCCACUCAUCUAUUUAACAGUCCUCUGGAGGGAAGGACUCUUCUGCUUUUCCACUGCGAAUACUCCGUGCAUCGAGCGCCCCUCAUGGCUCGUCACAUCCGUUCACAGGACCGAGCUGUCAAUGCCGAGUCUUACCCGAGAUUGACCUAUCCCGAGGUGUAUAUCUUGGAGGGCGGGUACAGUGGCUUCUUCUCCGAGCACCGUCAACGAUGCUAUCCUCAGGCCUACGUGGAAAUGGAUGCUGCUGAGCACGCCAGGACCUGUGAGAAGGAGAUGGAUCGUCUCCGUCAUGCCCGCAAGGGCCUUGGACGUGCUCAGACCUUUGCUUUUGGUGAGAGGGAACACUCAGCCCACGACUCCCCAACAGCUAGUCAUCGGUAUAGCUGCGACGACUCUCCCAUGCAACUUGGCGACUCACCCAGCGUGGGCCACGACCGAGGCCAUGCUAAGCGUAUGGCUUCGUAUUGA